CCAACAACCACUACAGAGUCUCCAACAACCACUACAGAGGAUACAACCACAACUACAGCAGUCGCAACCACUACUACAGCUGCUCCAACAACCACUACAGAGUCUCCAACAACCACUACAGAGGCUACAACCACAACUACAGCUGUCGCAACCACUACUACAGUUUCUCCAACAACCACUACAGAGUCUCCAACAACGACUACAGAGGCUACAACCACAACUACAGCUGCUCCAAUAAUGACUACAGCUGCUUCAACGUCUACAGCUUCCACUACCACAACUACAGGGGCACCGACAACAAGUAUAGAGGCUCCAACAAUAACUACAGAGGCCACAACCACAACCAUACCUGCCACAACCACAUCAACUGAGACACAAACCACAACUACAGCAUCUCCAACAACAACGACAGAGGCUACAAGCACAACGACAGAGGCUACAACCACAACUACAGCUGCCCCAACCACAACUACUUCCGCUCCAACAACGAUUACAGCUGCCACAACAACAGAGGCACAAAACACAACUACAGCUUCUCCAACAACAACGACAGAGACUACAACCACAACUACACCUUCCCCAACCACAACUACUGCCGCUCCAACAACGACUACAGCUGCCACUACCACAACAUCCGAGAGUCCCAAACCAACACUACAGAGGCUCCAACAAUAA